CCCCGCCGCUACGCCCAGAGCUUCCUGGAGCACUUCCAGGCCGAGCUGCGCGGGGCCGAGGCGCCUCCCUCCAGCGACCCUGCUGAGACCUGCAGCGACUCGUCUCCAGGGGAGCUGGCGCCUGCCUCCGGGCUCUCCAGCAGCCAGUCACGGAGCUCCGAGGACGUCUCUGCGGCAGCCGGCAUCCCCCCACCCAGCACCAAGCCCAAGCUGAAGAAGCGCUUCUCCCUGCGCAGCGUGGGGCGCUCUGUGCGGGGCAGCGUGCGCGGCAUCCUGCAGUGGCGCAGUGCCCCUGACACCCCCCCGCCCACAGCCGCCGGGAGCCCCGAGGAUGGGGCUGCCGGGGGCAGCAACACGAACUCAAACUCUUCGGGCGGGGCAGAGGGGGAGCGCUGGACCCACCGCUUCGAGCGGCUGCGGCUUGGACGGGCUGCCCCUGCGCUGGGUAACAGCCCUGCCGCCCCCAUGCCUGCCGUGCGCCGCGAGGGACUGCUCAACUACAUUGUGGCUGACGACGGGGCAGGGGCGGGGGCCGGGGGGCGCCCCCCGCGCUGGCAGAGGUGCCGGCUGCUGCUGCGGCAGGCAGGCAAGGGCGAGGGGGAGGGCUUCCUGCUGGAGUUCUUCGUGCCUCCAAAGUCGACUAAGCCGCGGGUGAGUGUCCCUUGCAGUGCUGUGACGGCCGCUCGUGCCACCACACCCCUCGAGAUGCCUGACCGGGAGAACACCUUCGUGCUGGAGGCAGGGCUGGCAGGCGAGUUUAUCCUUGAAACCGUGGAUGCGCUGCAGAUGCGCUCGUGGCUUGUUGACAUCCAGGACUGCCUCAGCCCCAGGGAGGAGAUGGGCAGUGUGGACCCCCCGUUCCUCAACCACCACGCAGGGGGGCUGCCCAGCCGGGACCCUCCCCUGGUGCCCAGCGACAGCAGCGAGCAGCUCUCCCAGGGUGCCUACGGGGGUCUGUCCGAGCGCCCCUCGGCCUCCAUGUCCCCAGGCUCUGUUGCCGCCUCCUGCUUCGGCUCCCUUGAGCUGCUGCCUCCUGAGCUACCCCCCCGCGUCCCCCUCGACGAGCUGCCCCCUCUGCCUCCGCCCGGGCUGCCCCACAGUGAUGCCUCUGAUGCCACAGGUACUCAUCUCUGGUGCCAGGCCUGGAGCUCUGGGGGUGGCUUCUGUGGGGGGGGGGGGGGGGGUGGCGCCAGUGCCCAUGGCGUCUUCCUGGUGCGCCAGAGUGAGACGCGGCGUGGGGAGUUUGUCCUCACCUUCAACUUCCAGGGCAAAGCCAAGCACCUGCGGCUGUCGCUGACGGAGGAGGGGCAGUGCCGUGUGCAGCACUUGUGGUUCCAGACAGUGUUCGACAUGCUGGAACACUUCCGCGUGCACCCCAUCCCCCUAGAGUCAGGCGGCGCCGCCGACGUCACCCUUGUCAGCUAUGUCGUGGCUGCCCAGCGCCCCCACGGCAGGGACCGGGGUGAUGCGUGGACUUGCGCCUGCAUGCAAAGCUAUGUGCUUGCUGCACGUGUGCGGACGCGCCUGUGCCAUGGUCCUGUGCCGCCUCUGGGUUGGGUGCUGCACUCCCUGCGCUGUUGCCCUAUGCGCCCGGAUGAGGAAGACGAGGAUGAGGAGGAAGAUGUGGGGGAUGGGGCCGAGGGGGCCUGGGCUCGGGCCGUGCACAACCAGUACGCCUUCGUCUGA